ACACUUGUGCGUUUGACAUGGAUCCACCAAAUGUGACAUGUUCAAAUAUAACGACAAGACCUUUCGCACCAAAUUCUUUUCUCGGACUAGAGGCGGGAAUCGAAUUCACCAACGUGGAUGAAAAUGUUGACCCAAGUGGGGCCUCGUACAACGUCACGAAGGGAUUCAUUGUGGGAGACUUGUUCCCUCCAGGACACACACCUGUUACACUGUUCGUAAAAGAUAUUUGUCAGAAUGAAGCUACUUGCCUCUUCUAUGUAGAGAACACACUUACCGAGUUGCCUGUGAACUGUCCAGACUUGAAUCGCAAUGUAAGCACAGAUGUGAACAAGGCGACGUAUACCUUUAACCUAGAUUUCGGAGCAGAUAACGUCACCAAAUCUGUAGAUAAUUACAGAUAUCACGGAGAUGGUGUAUCGGUUAAUCUUACACUAGGAGGUUCCCCACUUGGAAGCAGUGUGUCCAUAGGAACCCAUGAAGUGAUUGCCCUCAUCUAUGAUGACGUAUUGAAUAAGACAUGCACGGGGACCUCUGUUGUCAAAGACACAUAUCCUCCUAUUGUGUCAUGUUUGAAUGUAACUCUCCCUCCCGAGUCGCCAAACACCUUUUCUGGAUUGACGAAUGGUACAACCUAUAACUACACAGAUGCAAGUACUGACCCAAAUGGAGUUACUUAUAACGUUACACUAGAGGUUGACCUGUUUCCUCCAGGAUACACACCAGUAACAAUGUUUGCGGUCGAUGCAUUUAACAACUCAGAAUCCUGCCUAUUCUACGUACAGAACACACUUACCGAGCUGCCCGUGAACUGUCCAGACUUGAAUCGCAAUGUAAGCACAGAUUUGGACCAAGCGACGUAUACCUUUAACCUAGAUUUCGGAGCAGAUAACGUCACCAAAUCUGUAGAUAGUUACAGAUAUCACGGAGAUGGUGUAUCGGUUAAUCUUACACUAGGAGGUUCCCCACUUGGAAGCAGUGUGUCCAUAGGAACCCAUGAAGUGAUUGCCCUCAUCUAUGAUGACGUAUUGAAUAAGACAUGCACGGGGACCUCUGUUGUCAAAGACACAUAUCCUCCUAUUGUGUCAUGUUUGAAUGUAACUCUCCCUCCCGAGUCGCCAAACACCUUUUCUGGAUUGACGAAUGGUACAACCUAUAACUACACAGAUGCAAGUACUGACCCAAAUGGAGUUACUUAUAACGUUACACUAGAGGUUGACCUGUUUCCUCCAGGAUACACACCAGUAACAAUGUUUGCGGUCGAUGCAUUUAACAACUCAGAAUCCUGCCUAUUCUACGUACAGAACACACUUACCGAGCUGCCCGUGAACUGUCCAGACUUGAAUCGCAAUGUAAGCACAGAUUUGGACCAAGCGACGUAUACCUUUAACCUAGAUUUCGGAGCAGAUAACGUCACCAAAUCUGUAGAUAGUUACAGAUAUCACGGAGAUGGUGUAUCGGUUAAUCUUACACUAGGAGGUUCCCCACUUGGAAGCAGUGUGUCCAUAGGAACCCAUGAAGUGAUUGCCCUCAUCUAUGAUGACGUAUUGAAUAAGACAUGCACGGGGACCUCUGUUGUCAAAGACACAUAUCCUCCUAUUGUGUCAUGUUUGAAUGUAACUCUCCCUCCCGAGUCGCCAAACACCUUUUCUGGAUUGACGAAUGGUACAACCUAUAACUACACAGAUGCAAGUACUGACCCAAAUGGAGUUACUUAUAACGUUACACUAGAGGUUGACCUGUUUCCUCCAGGAUACACACCAGUAACAAUGUUUGCGGUCGAUGCAUUUAACAACUCAGAAUCCUGCCUAUUCUACGUCCAGAACACACUUACCGAGCUGCCCGUGAACUGUCCAGACUUGAAUCGCAAUGUAAGCACAGAUUUGGACCAAGCGACGUAUACCUUUAACCUAGAUUUCGGAGCAGAUAACGUCACCAAAUCUGUAGAUAGUUACAGAUAUCACGGAGAUGGUGUAUCGGUUAAUCUUACACUAGGAGGUUCCCCACUUGGAAGCAGUGUGUCCAUAGGAACCCAUGAAGUGAUUGCCCUCAUCUAUGAUGACGUAUUGAAUAAGACAUGCACGGGGACCUCUGUUGUCAAAGACACAUAUCCUCCUAUUGUGUCAUGUUUGAAUGUAACUCUCCCUCCCGAGUCGCCAAACACCUUUUCUGGAUUGACGAAUGGUACAACCUAUAACUACACAGAUGCAAGUACUGACCCAAAUGGAGUUACUUAUAACGUUACACUAGAGGUUGACCUGUUUCCUCCAGGAUACACACCAGUAACAAUGUUUGCGGUCGAUGCAUUUAACAACUCAGAAUCCUGCCUAUUCUACGUACAGAACACACUUACCGAGCUGCCCGUGAACUGUCCAGACUUGAAUCGCAAUGUAAGCACAGAUGUGGACCAAGCGACGUAUACCUUUAACCUAGAUUUCGGAGCAGAUAACGUCACCAAAUCUGUAGAUAGUUACAGAUAUCACGGAGAUGGUGUAUCGGUUAAUCUUACACUAGGAGGUUCCCCACUUGGAAGCAGUGUGUCCAUAGGAACCCAUGAAGUGGUUGCCCUCAUCUAUGAUGAUCUCUUGAAUAAGACAUGCACGGGGACCUCUGUUGUCGAAGACACAUAUCCUCCUAUUGUGUCAUGUUUGAAUGUAACUCUCCCUCCCGAGUCGCCAAACACCUUUUCUGGAUUGACGAAUGGUACAACCUAUAACUACACAGAUGCAAGUACUGACCCAAAUGGAGUUACUUAUAACGUUACACUAGAGGUUGACCUGUUUCCUCCAGGAUACACACCAGUAACAAUGUUUGCGGUCGAUGCAUUUAACAACUCAGAAUCCUGCCUAUUCUACGUACAGAACACACUUACCGAGCUGCCCGUGAACUGUCCAGACUUGAAUCGCAAUGUAAGCACAGAUGUGGACCAAGCGACGUAUACCUUUAACCUAGAUUUCGGAGCAGAUAACGUCACCAAAUCUGUAGAUAGUUACAGAUAUCACGGAGAUGGUGUAUCGGUUAAUCUUACACUAGGAGGUUCCCCACUUGGAAGCAGUGUGUCCAUAGGAACCCAUGAAGUGUUGCCCUCAUCUAUGAUGACGUAUUGA